AUGGAGGAGGCAGGUGCGCUGUCGGCGUGGCUCGAGACGCAUGGGGCAAUGAUGCUCGGCCUGCAGCUGCGGCACGGCGGCGUGGCCGGCCGCGGCAUCUUCGCUGCCCGGGCCUUCGGCGCAGGAGAGGUGCUGUGCGAGCUGCCCCAGCGUCUGGUGCUCACAGUCGACAGGGCGUCUGACUGCGUCGUGGGCCAAGCGGCUCUUCAGGCGGGCGCCUCGCAGGACGUUGCGGCCUGGCUGUCCAUCGCCUGGGGCGCUGCCUGCACUUCCCACGCGUGGCACCCGUACCUCCGCUCGUUGCCCUCUCAACAGCCGGACCCCAGCGGGUGGCCCGAGGGCCUCCUGAGGCAGGAGCUCCGCGGGACCGAUCUCCUCGCGCGCGUCCAAGCCGCCUCGAGCGACCUGAAGGACGACCUGGAGCAAGUCUGGCAUCUGCUUCCGGCGUGGAUCCGACAGGUUGUCGCCUGA